AUUUCGCCUCAAACUCUCUUUCAGCAGCUGAAAACGCCGCAGCGGAAUAAAACACGCUUCUAUAUCCGUCAACAGGUGAGUGUGUGUCAACAUGGCCCGUACUAAGCAAACCGCUCGUAAAUCGACUGGAGGAAAAGCUCCUCGUAAGCAGCUGGCGACUAAAGCGGCCCGUAAAAGUGCGCCCUCUACUGGAGGAGUCAAGAAGCCCCAUCGCUACAGGCCCGGGACCGUGGCUCUGCGUGAGAUCCGUCGUUAUCAGAAGUCCACUGAGCUGCUGAUCCGCAAGCUUCCCUUUCAACGUCUGGUUCGAGAGAUCGCACAGGACUUCAAGACCGACCUGCGCUUCCAGAGUGCCGCCAUCGGAGCCCUGCAGGAGGCCAGCGAGGCGUAUCUGGUGGGUCUGUUCGAGGACACUAACCUGUGUGCCAUCCAUGCCAAGCGUGUGACCAUCAUGCCCAAAGACAUCCAGCUGGCGCGCCGCAUCCGCGGAGAACGAGCCUGAGUCUCUCUCUCUCUCUCUCUCUGUGUGUGUGUCUCCUCUUUAUAUUAGUGUUGUUUUUGUGCUCCUCCUCUUCUCAGUACAGGAGCUUUGGCCCUCAGGAUGAUAAACUACAGACACUGAACAUCACUUCUGCUCUUUAUUCUGAAUACAACGGACUGGUUUCAGGUGCUAAACUCCUCACUGGAUGCGUGCGAAACAUCAUGUAUCGUUCGAGUGCUUGUAUUUGAUUUAUUCUCCUUUUGUUUUUCCUGAGAAGCACAGAUCGGCAUCUGCGAUCUCAGCGAUGCAUUCUGGGAUUGUGUCCCGCUUGUGAUUUUGAUGUUGGUUUUGUUUGUGUGUUAUCGAUGAGCAUAUGAUGUAGCAGCAGACGACAGACUGUAUCUGUUUUAUACCAUUUGAUAUAUUUCUUCUUGAGUUGUUUAGUGAGAGAUUAUGUAGGUAGACACUCGCUCAGGUUUUUUCUACACCCUUUCAUGGUUUUUAUCACGAGGUGAUCAUGUUUGCUUUGUUUUUGUAUGUGUGUAAGUCUAAAAAACUUUGUACUACACGAAUAGGGAAUUGAACAAUAAAUUGGUGUUGAACUGUUA